UCGGCGGCCACGAUGAGAGGGUUCUCGUGUCGUGCUGCUUUAUCGAAAUGGCGCAUUGAUGCCGACUGUAGAUACUAACUGAUGGACUCUAGGUCCUUAUCGUCGAGGAGGUCUACGUUAAGGAUAAAACAUGGGGCUCCGGUGCGGCUGCUAUCCUGCAACGGGACUUUGUAGGAAUUUAUCUACCUGUUUAUAGAAGGGUUAUCUGUAUACAGUUAAUAUUCGUAGCCUUGCUAAAAUCGACGGACCGCUAUUCGUUUUAUAAGUUUCAUAAUAACGCUAUUACUCAUUUAUUUAUCUGAAAACACGUCACUGAAUUCGCGUUAUUUAAGCGAACACACAUCUUGUAUACUCUUUCGUUUGUCUGCCGCAGUUGAAAGUGUCGAACGAAACCGCUCACUGCUCACUCGCGCCGCGGACUCCGACGAUGGCUCUUGUGCAUCAAAUUAGGACUAACGGUAUAUUUUUAUUGUUAUUUUCGUUGAUAAUAACGUGUGCCGCGUCACCGCCAUGGAUAUUAUCAGUGUCGGUCAAUAAUUAUACGUGUUCUGAUGUGUGUGUGUACGAUAUUAGCGUGGACUCUUUAAAUGAAUGGUCGUUAACCUACAAAUACGUGCCGCGCGGUGAUCUUUGCGAGACAGUUGUGUCUGAAAGUGCGAAGUACUCGAAGAAUAUUAUCGUCGAAGUGCCGAAAACGAUCGAGAAGGUUUACUUCUGCGUUAAAAGUGCAGACGGGGUUUGGUUAAGUCAAGGAGACGAAGUAUUUUUAGACAAGAAUGACGUCAUACGAACAGAGUCAAAACGAGACGCGGAGAAUGAGGUCUCCGAAGACUCAUACCCGGAAUUUUUGGAGGGGGAGGAUCUGUUCGAAUACCCGGCCGAGUUGAGCCGACAGAAACGUCAGAUGAUGGUGAACAACACGAUCGUGCCGAAGCUGUUGGGUUUGAGGGUGGAGCUUGCGGAGAAACCGAAGAUCGUCGAUGACAUGGUGCCGUCGGUGCUACGGGAAACUGAGUUCACCAUGAGGCUAUUCGGAAAGGACUUCACAAAUAACACGAUAAUUGCAUUCACCCAUAACCCAGAUGACUACAUGAAACCCUGCGACCAUCUACUGAAAGGGGAAUAUAAGGCUGAAAACGCCGACGAAGAGUCAGCUCUAUUCAGACUGAUAGCCCCCCCACCUCUAGAAGACUACAUCUUCUACAUCUGCGCGAAGAAUUCGCCCCAAGACUCGUUCGUUCACCAAGGCCCAGAGAAAUGGAAGGUUUUGGCCACACACAACAAACUCCUACCGCUGUGGGCCUCGCUGAUCCUAAUUGUGAUACUGCUGGUAUUGGCCUCGCUCUUCUCCGGUCUGAAUCUCGGUCUGAUGGCGUUGGACCGCACCGAAUUGAAGAUCAUCGCGAACACGGGCACAGAGAAAGAGAGGAAGUACGCGAGAGCCAUUAUGCCGGUCAGGGCCCACGGGAACUAUCUCCUCUGCACGAUCCUGCUCAGUAACGUGGCCGUGAACAGCACAUUUACGGUCAUCCUGGACGAUCUGACGUCUGGGCUGGUGGCGGUCAUCGGUUCGACCUUGGCGAUCGUGUUCAUAGCCGAGAUAACGCCGCAAGCCAUCUGCGCUAGACACGGCCUGCUGAUCGGAGCGAAGAGUAUCUGGAUCAUGAAGAUCGUCAUGGGUAUCUGCGCUCCACUCGCCUGGCCGACCAGCAAACUCCUGGACUACUUCCUGGGCGAAGAAAUCGGCACUCAUUACAACAGGGAAAGACUAAAGGAACUAGUCAGGGUCACGAACCACGUUAACGAUUUGGACAAAGAGGAGGUGAACAUCAUCUCCGGCGCCCUGGAUCUUCGCAAGAAGACCGUCAAAGACGUGAUGACGAAGCUCAAGGACUGCUUCAUGCUGCCGAUCAAUAGCGUCCUAGACUUCGAGACCAUGUCCGAAAUCGUCAAAUCUGGCUACUCCCGCAUCCCGGUGUACGAGGGUCACCGCGGGAACAUCGUGACGGUGCUCUUCAUCAAGGACCUCGCCUUUGUCGACCCCGAUGACAACACGCCUCUGAGGACCCUCUGCCAGUACUACCAGAACCCUUGCAACUUCGUCUUCGAAGACGUCACCUUGGAUGUCAUGCUGAAGCAGUUCAAAGAAGGGCACAAAGGUCACAUGGCGUUCGUUCAGCGCAUCGAGGAAGGCGAUGGGGAUCCCAUAUACGAGACAGUAGGCCUACUGACUUUGGAAGACGUCAUCGAGGAGAUGAUCCAAGCAGAGAUCGUGGAUGAGACCGAUGUCUUUAGCGACAACCGCACCAAGAAGCGCUUGACCCGGCCAGUCAACAAGUUCCAAGAUAUAGGAGCUUUCAUGGGUCACCAGGAGCACCAGCGCGUCCACGUAUCCCCGCAGCAGGUGCUAGCCACCUUCCAGUUCUUGAGCACGAGCGUGGACCCAUUCCGUCCUGAGAUGAUCUCAGAGACAGUUCUCCGUCGACUGCUGAAGCAAGACGUCAUACAGCACAUCAAGCUGAAGGGAGAUGAGGAUAAGAACGACAUCAAACGCUUCGUUUAUCAGGAGGGGAAGCCGGUGGAUUAUUUCGUGUUGAUCCUGGAAGGUCGCGUGGAGGUCACCGUCGGAAGGGAGAACCUGGUUUUCGAAGCUGGACCCUUCACGUACUUCGGAGUGCAAGCUCUGACCCAGAACGUGGGACUAGCGGAGGCUCCUGCACCAUCGACCCUCGGCUCCCUGCAGAACCUCAACAUGGACUCGAUGCUGCGCCACACCUUCGUACCUGACUACUCAGUCAAGGCCAUCGCUGAACUAUACUACCUCACCAUCAAACGGUCAAUGUACUUAGCGGCUAAACGCGCCACGCUCAUGGAGAAGGGGGUGCUCAACAAGGGCGGCACUAAUGAGCAGAUCGAACCAGAAGUGGAUAAGUUACUUCGCGAAGGCGACAGGAUCGAGGAGGUCCGGGAGAACGAGGAGUCGCCCAAAUCACAGUUCGUACCCUCAUCGGCGAGUCCUCGCACCAACUCGACCUUCAAGUCUCUCCUCGACAAAGAAGCAGCUGAAGAGGAAGAAAAACUACUAAAAAAGUAGAACCGCCAUCGUCAAAAAACAUAGCAACACCGAAAUAGAAUACGACAACAAAAUAAAUUAGCAAUAUCUGCCUUCCUGAUCGAGUUAAAUUUUGAAUCAACGUGUAUUUAACCCUUCGACUCAUGUGUAGGUCACCGGUGACCUACGCGGCGCCCUCAAGCAAUUGAAGACAUGAGCGGAUGAAGGGGAUAUGAUACAAUUUGUUAAUUUUUGAGAGAAACCGACAACAGACUUGUUACUUGUACUUUUUCUUCGUACAUAUACUGAGACCUUAUAUCUAUAGAACUUAUAUCUCAAGGUGGGUGGCGCGUUUACGUUGUAGAUGUCUAUGGGCUCCUGUAACCACUUAACACCAAGUGGGCUGUGAGCUCGUCCACCCAUCUGAGCAAUAAAAAAAAAUCAUAAAAAAUACUUCAGUGUGAUUAAUGCGAGUUUUUUGACGUUCUCGAUAGCGUAAAAGUUAACUCGAAUUUGUAUGCAGUUGGAAAGUUUGCCUACGUUUGCCGCUAGGGGCGCUGUUUCAACACGAUUGAAAUUUGAGUUAACUUUUACGCUAUCGAGAACGUUAAAAUACUCGCAUUUACGUAGGGCACCGGUGACCUACACCGCAGUCGAAGAGCUUAACGAAAACAUCAAGAAAUCUGUUCAAAUACAACAAAACAGAUGUAGUGUUCGUGUCGAACGAAUUUAGACUCUUUAGCCGUUGCAUUAAAGUUGUAAUUGCCUUGAUUGUUUAACAACACUAAUUCUAUGUGAACGUGAUAUAUUAUAUGUAACUCGGUGAGAGAUGCGGAAUUAUUGUAUGAAGAUAUAUAUUUAUAUAUGUUAAGGAAUGAAAAACUGUUUGGUUUAAGUGACAUUUAUCUAGGUAAUUAAAGAUCCGUUUUAUUUGGUAUCAGCGUCAACAGUUCGAUGCUUUUGAUUGAACUUCAAUUAAGCUUACUCCGUUCAAAUAGCAGAAGACGCUUUUUUUUGUUAUUAAAUUUUUUCCAAAUAAAAAAAAAAAAUUAAUAAUAAUAAAUAUUUACUAUCAAUCACGCCACGUUAACUGGUCCCGUGAUAAGUUCGUAAAGAACUUGUGUAACAGGUAAACGGAAAUAAAUGUAAGAUUUUAUUAUACACAUACAUAAUAUAUUUAAUAUACAUCCAUAACCCUGGAGAAGACAUUUUAUAUUUAUCACACAAAUGUCUUCCCUUGGUAGGAUUCGAACCAGCGAUCCCCUCGUGUAGUGACCGUGUCACUUACCACUACACCAGACGGCCGUUAAAAAUGGCUCUCCUGUAAAGUUGCAAACAGUAUUGCUCAAACCAAAUGACUUUUCACUCCUUCAUAUAUAUAUUUAUAUAUCAAUAAUUUUUUGUUGUCGUACAUUAUUACCUCUAAUGCAAAUUAUGAACAAUAUUUAUAUACUAUUAAUAUAACUACAGUGACUUAAUAUUUUUAAUUACCAAAAAUAAUAACAAAAAAAAAUAAAAAAUAGCAUAACGUUAUUUAAAUGUAGCGCGCUACCUGCUAUUUUAAGCGUUUAUAUAGCGCGCCCUAUUUCAACGUACAAAAUAUAUAAUUUUGAAAACGUAUUUAGAGUUACGAAGGACGCUUUUUAUCGAACUUUACAGGAAUGAGCGAGACUUUCGCUUUGAAAUACCGGAUCGUGUGCUAAAAUUAUGAUAAUAAAAGCGUAUAAAACAUCAAACGCUAAACUAUAGAUCGCGUUAUGUGUAAAAGCUGCCUUAUUCAAUUCAACUUGAACACGUUUAGUAGUAAAAGCUCUUUAUUCGCUUGAUACAUGUUCCGUAAAUAUGGAAAUACCUGAUCAAGGAAUGGUAUACAGAAUUAUAAAGAACUAGAGGUCCCACAGUAGUCGAAAUUCGACUAUAAUUAAUUGGAAUUGUAAGUUUGUACACAUACUAUAAUCACAUAUUUCGCUAAGGCUACACUAUAAAAUAAUAUUAAUAAAGACAAACAAUAUUUAGUCUAUUCUCAAUUUGACAACAGACGUCAAGUACAAAAGUUUGACAAUAAAUAGUAUACAUGCGUGUGUGCGUCAAAUACACGGUAUGUAGUGUGUGUAAUGUUUUCUUUAUUGGUUUAAUGUAUCUUAUGUGCAUUAUUUAAAAAAAAUAUUAGCUUUGUGCACUUCUCCUCUGUAUUCUCUAAAAGCGUGGAAAAUUUCAUACUCCUCCGUCCGCGCAAUUUUCGUAAAAAGGGAUACAAAGUUUUUGCUUCACGUAUUAAUAUAUAGAUACGCUCCUUACGUGACAAAUUAAAAACAUACUUUAGGCCUAAUUGUAAUAAGGUCUAUUUUACUGUUUUUUUAGUCGAUUUCAGGACGUGCUUAAUUCAGUUGGAUACGUACAUAUUGGAAUCCUUUUUAUCAAUUUGUAUGUACCGAUGUACCAAUUAGAUCGACGCAUAAAGAAAUAUUUAGCCGUGAAUAUAAAGAGGGUCGCUAGUGAAAACUUGAAUGAAGGAAUCGCGAAUAAGGAGCUUUUACUGUAUAUUAAUAAAGUAAUUUAGAUAAUUUCUUAUAGUAAUUCUUUAACAACAAAUUCGUUUAGAUUUUAGAGUCUUUUUAUUUAAAUAUUAUUUGUUUUUUGUCGCAUCUAAUGUACUUAGUAAGUAAUAUCACUAUUGCGAGCCUAUAUCACGAGUAGGAGCGUGCUAAUGAAAAUUCACCGACUUCCUAAAAAGAGGCAUUGUCGUUACGCCAAACGACGUAAAAAAAAAACAAAAUCGCAUUUAGAAUUUUCGGCCUACGACUUUCAAAGAUAGUCCCUAUUGACUUAGAUAUAGAGUACAUAAUCAUAUUUUUACAAAUAUAUACAUACAUAUAUAUAUAUAUAAUCAAACGCCCCAAAAAAUUCCCGAUAAAGUGCCUAGAUAGCGUAUUAGCGCUAAGGUAAGUUUCAUAGAAAUAUCGUUAUGUUUUUGAUAAAUUUUUCAUAUAUUAAAAUGUCUUUUAAGAUUGUACUAAAAUAUAACUUUAGAUCGUAGUAUGGAGGGUAGAAGUAAGAAACACUAUCUCGGUGUAUUAAAAAGUAUCCGUUGAAAGAAAAACCAAUUAAGGUGGCGCCACUGUAGCAUGUGGAAGGAUUUUUAAAUAUAGCGCCAUAAACUAUUAAAAUUAGGAUAAUAAAUUAUGAAUGAAUUCUUACUUUAAUAGUAAUAAAAAUAAAUAAUUUAGAUUUUAAAUACUGCAUAUUUUUAACCGAAUUCAAAAAAAGAGGAAGUUCUCAAUUCGACUAUGUUUUUUUUAUGUUUGUUACCUCAUAGCUUUUGACUGGGUGAAUCGAUUUUGAUGAUUCUUUUUUUAUUAGAAAGCUGACGCUUCCCGUGUGGUCCCAUUUCAAUUUAGUCCAGUUCUGAUAAUAAUAUCCACGAGAAAACCUUAUAAGUCUUAAAUUUGCAUUAAGUACGUGCGCGACAAAUAGAUGAAUAACUCAAUAACUCAAUAUCACGCCAACCGAUUUAUCCGAUUAUUAUUGUUUUUAGUGUAUAUUAAUUUGUUUUGGAAUAUCUUUUUGUUUUUGCUAUUCGAAGUCGGUUUUUGUUAAAGCAUGUCUAUAUACAAUUAUUAAUCACCCAAGUCACGAUCAAAAUAUUAAAUUUUUCAAUCCGGGCACAAUUGACUCAAUUUAUAACUGCUAUAUUCAUAUAAUUUCCGCUUGCUACACUAGCGCUAUGUCGGUGAGUCUCCCAACAACAACGCGCUGUUUACAGAUGGACACUUUAUCAACGUGUCCCCUAUACAAGAUGGUACUUUUUGUUACUACCCUCAAUAGUUCGCAUGCACGCUUAAGGCGGAAUAGAACAAAAUUAUAUGUCGUUAAAUCAGUAAUAUCAGCACAACAUUAUGUAUAAGUAUACAUAUAUAAAGUCUUUACCUACGAAAUCGCCAUUUAAUAUUAUUAAUCAUUUUAUUGGUGUUAGGAUGUCUUGUGUGUCCGCGCGGGUGGGCACCACCAUCGCGCCUAUUUCAGCCGUGAAGCAGUAAUGCGUUUCGGUUUGAAGGGCGGAGCAGCCGUUGUAACUAUACAGAACUCAUAAUUAAGGGUGGUUGGCGAAAUUUACGUUGUAGAUGUCUAUGGGCUCUAGUAACCGCUUAACACCAGGUGGGCCGUGAGCUCGUCCAACCAACUAAGCAAUAAAUUGGUGAGUUACGGCGGUCCCAAGGGGCCGCUAAUUUUGGGUUGGCAAAGUAAUAGUAUCCACCCACAGGGACCAGUCCUUAACCUGUUAAAUCGCGUUACGAAUGGCUAGUAUUUCUAAUAGGACAAUUUCAUAGGUGAAGAUUUGUUAACGCUAAACACUGACCUAUAGAUUGUGUGUCGCUUUGUUCGAUUGCCGUUUUAAACUUGCUGGCAAUGCGUUGACCUUGUCAAUGUCAAUCGCGUUGUCUGACCGCGAAUUAAGGAUAAUCUGCGUUUAAAUUGAAGACGAAUUUUGAUAUAAUAGUUGUCAUUAGUGCGAGAGAGGGGUGAAAGGACAUUUGGUAUCAGCAUCAACAGUUCGAUAUAUUUAACUGAACUUCAAUUAACUUCAUUCAAAUAGCUAAAGAACGUUUUUUUGUUGUGAUUUUUUUUUCCAUGUUGUAAAUUUUAAUUGAAUAUGCAAUUUCGAAAAGGCCACAUCUCUGAAAAUGUAAAAUGUUCAGGAAAUGAAAAAAAAAAAACUGAUUAUUUUCUAAAGCAGUGUAAAAUUUAAAAUAUUAACUUUUGAGAUAUAUUUUAGUGUUAAUUAGCAAUUGAAAAUUACUGGACUUAUUAUAAAAUGAGUGUAGGGGUAAGCCUCAAAACUACAUGUAUAUGAAAAAACGUGUUUGACAAAAAAUAUGCGACAUGUGCCCUUUUCGUAAUUGCAUAUUCAGUUAAACCGAAUAGCUUUUCUCCUCUCGACGUCUUUUUAACCAAUUCAAAUAAACUACAUAUCAGGGCUUAGGCAUUGUCUUACGCCCUUCCAAGUCUACCGUUGUUAUGAAAAAAUAAAAAUAAACCCAAAACCAAAAAAAGUGCCUUAAGUGAAACAAAUGCUUCCAGAAAAAAAAACGAAAUAAUAGCAGAACUUAAAAAAGCGUCCCCAAAAACGUACCUUAACUUAUAAACGUUAAAACGAUCGUUAUAACGGUGCUAUUUCUAUAGUCCUAUCAUGACUUUUUACACUGCCAUAAUGGUACUUACAGGAGUUUGUGUGUGUAUGUGUGCUUCAAAACUUUAUUCUUACAGUUUCAGUGGUCCACGCCCGCGCAAAUGACGUAUCUAAAAGCAAUGGCGUCACUGCUUCAAUCGAUUUCGAUUUUAUAAUAAAUGGUAACGAAAAAAAAAAAUCGAUUUUCAUGAGUCUAAGACAUAAUUAGGACUACUUUUUUAACGGUUUUUUUUUAUUGACAUGACAGCGUUUGUUACGUUACGAAUGCGUCAAAGUUUUGAGUGACAUUUGAAAAUGCACAAUAUUUAAUAUUGUAUUGAUAAAGAUAGAGGCAUUUUAUAUACACCCAAUUGGAACUAUUAUAUUAGCAAAGGGAACUUUAAUUAUAAAAUAAAAUAUUAUAUUAUUAUUAUUUUUGUAUUGUGUUUGUAUUAUGUAAUUAAUCAGAUUAAUAAAAUAAAAAGUUAGUGUUUUAAAAACAAAAAUUAAAUUACGAUUUAAGAUAAGAAAAGAAUUAGAAUCAUACAUAUAUUAAGAAUAUAAAUACAUAUAUUAUACAAUUAUUUAUAAAUAUAUGAAAUAUCAUUUGCAUAUAGUGAAAAUAGUCGCUACAUUGAAUCCAUAGUGAAAUGUUUCGGUUGCAUAGGUUAUUGGAAAGUGUCACAAAAAUCACUGCAAAAUAAUAUUGUCUUUAAUGAGUCGUUUUCAAAUGGGCCGCCAAAAAAAGUAAGGAUUUCAUGAAUUUAAACUUUGUCUAAUUUUCCAUAUUUUUUUUGCGUUUAGGUGUGUUCAGAAUAAAAAAAAUGCUUCAUCACAAUUAAGUCAAUCAUUAAUUUAUUAAUAAUAUUAUAUAAUAUUCAUUUAUGUUUUUCAUUCUACGCAUUUGAUAACGCCAACACGGAUGACAAUUUAAAUAGGAACUUUUUUAAAAGCUUAAAAAUCGUACUUCUUUUGUUUUUAAUAAUGUUCUAAUAUCCAGUUAGUUUUCCUUUAUUACUGUAGUAUAUACUGAUUAAAUAAAAUUGCCGAAUUUCAACACGCAUUGGAAAAAUAGCAAACAAGUUAGAAUUUGAAUUUCGGACCAGUGAUACGAAUGAGAUUUGGGGUAGUUUUUUAUGUAUAACUCCUAAUUUAACAGUGUUCACGAAUAUAUAGUUAUAGGACCACGUGCCUGUUGUCAUGACAACGAAUUUACUGUGACUUAUAAUUACGGUAACGUUAAGGUUAUGAGAAUAAAAUCAAAUGACUCGCUUUUGGCCCCAAAUUUGAAAACUACCCUAUUAAUGUUUUAUGGUAACGCUUUUCAUAGCUACACACUCUGUUCGGUGACAUAACGAACUUCGUUCCAAUUUAUUAAAAAAAAAAAAACGCAAUAUAUAGGUAGGUAUCGUUAAAGUAGUUUUAAUUAUUUCUCGACAAUGUUACUCACAGUGGCAACAAAUCACUUGCCUUGGUAAGCGUCAAGUUCAGCGCUAGCGGUGACCCGUAUAGUGAAUCGAUAAAAGUAAAGCAGCUAACCUUCCUAUAACCCAUUUUUACUGGUGGUAGGACCUCUUGUGAGUCCGCACGAGUAGGCGCCACUACCCUACCUAUUUCUGCCGUGAAGCAGUAAUGCGUUUCGGUUUGAAGGGUGGGGCAGCCGUUGUAACUAUACUAAGACCUUAGGACUUAUAAUAAUAAAUAAGUGGUCCUACCACCAGUAACUAUGCACUAUGAACACACAAUAUUUGAGAAUAACCGAAAUUUUACUGCUUAUUUUUUAUGUAUACAUUAUAAUAGGUAAAAAAAUACACACAGGCAUAGUUGAGAUAUUUCAUUCAGAAAAAAUCCUCUGAUUUGGCACAACACGGGACUUUGUAGGAAUUUAUCUACCGUGUUAUUUUAAGGGGGUUAUCUGUAUUUUAAAAUUAAUUCUAUGUACAAAUAACAUUAAUUGUAAAUGAAAAUUAAAAUCGUGAUUGAAAUUGUAAUUUGUUAUUACAUUUAAUUAAAUUAAUGAAUUUUACAUACAUAACUUUUGAAUGAGUAUACAUUUAAGAAAACAAAUCUCUGAUGUGAUUUCAAGGGAAUUUUAGCAAAUUUUUCAAUUUUUGUUUUUGUCUGUUUAUAUUUAUAGAUGAUUGUACCAACGAUUCUGAGUUUAUUAAUUGUUUUGUUAUUGUUCACACGAAUCAUUACGAAAAUUUUAGUUUUGCGCCAAUUUCAAAACUUUUUCCGUCAUAGAUAAUAAAUACAAAUAAUGUUACCACACUGUUCGACUUCACAUUCGCUACGUGGGUUGCCUCUUCAUAAGUUAAAAAAGUCCACAGAUCAGAUCGCUCUGCUAGAGUAAAAAAACAUCGAUGAAGUUUGUUUGUUGUUAGUUUGUUCUGUUGGAAAUUUACACUUUUUAACGAGUUUUUCGAGACAAAAACUCCCCCACUAGACUUAAUAAAAUGGAUGCGAAGUCGAUUGGUGUUAAGAUCUUCCGAGUCAAAAACAAAUAUGAAAUUUACCUAAGUCUUCAAUACAACAAUCAUGAACUAUGGACGGAUUAUUGAUUAUUACAAAAAUAUACAACAUAAAUAUGUACUUAAUGUGAAUUUGUAAUAACAUUAAAAUUAAACAAACCUCAGUCGUGAAUUUUGGAGGGAAUUUCGAAUAUCGAAAAAAAAAAGAAAUUAGAAAAAAUAUGGCGUUUUUUCACAAUCACAUUAUAUUCGUGAAAUAUUUACAAGUUUGUCCGUAAGUAGUGUAUGUACGUAAUCAAUUUUAAUGUUAUAUCGUUUUAAUGGUAAUUAAUGAUUUAUUGAGCUUACAAA